CGAAAUCUGCAAAGGAUAGGAGGAGGCCUUUGGGUUGGAGGCUACGGAUGUUGUGACCCAGCUGUCAUUUGCAACAUUUGGGGGAGUCAGUUGUGUGGCACCGUUGCGAGGCGUAGGAAGCAAAAAUCUCUACAGAUCGUCCAUCCUGGUUCUAUCAGCAAACAUGCAGAUCUUCGUGAAAACCCUUACGGGUAAGACCAUCACUUUGGAGGUGGAGCCCUCGGACUCUAUUGAGAAUGUUAAGGCCAAGAUUCAAGACAAGGAGGGUAUUCCCCCAGAUCAGCAGCGUCUGAUUUUCGCUGGCAAGCAGCUGGAAGAUGGCAGGACUCUUUCAGACUACAAUAUUCAGAAAGAAUCAACUCUGCAUCUUGUGUUGCGUCUCCGUGGUGGAAUGCAAAUUUUCGUGAAGACCCUGACAGGAAAGACCAUCACACUUGAGGUGGAGCCCUCAGACUCCAUUGAGAAUGUUAAGGCCAAGAUUCAAGACAAGGAGGGUAUUCCCCCAGAUCAGCAGCGUUUGAUCUUUGCCGGCAAGCAGCUGGAAGAUGGCCGCACUUUGUCUGACUACAACAUUCAGAAAGAAUCAACCCUCCACCUGGUCCUUCGUCUUCGUGGUGGUAUGCAAAUUUUCGUCAAGACCUUGACUGGAAAGACCAUUACUCUGGAAGUGGAGCCUUCAGACUCCAUUGAAAACGUCAAGGCUAAGAUUCAGGACAAGGAGGGUAUCCCCCCAGACCAGCAGCGUUUGAUCUUUGCCGGCAAGCAGUUGGAAGAUGGCCGCACUUUGUCUGAUUACAACAUUCAGAAAGAAUCAACCCUCCACUUGGUCCUCCGUCUUCGUGGUGGUAUGCAAAUUUUCGUCAAGACCUUGACGGGAAAGACCAUCACUCUGGAAGUGGAGCCUUCAGACUCCAUUGAAAACGUCAAGGCUAAGAUUCAGGAUAAGGAGGGUAUCCCCCCAGACCAGCAGCGUUUGAUCUUUGCCGGCAAGCAGUUGGAAGAUGGACGUACCUUGUCCGAUUACAAUAUUCAGAAAGAAUCAACCCUCCACCUUGUUCUUCGUCUUCGUGGUGGUAUGCAAAUUUUCGUUAAGACACUCACUGGAAAGACCAUCACUCUGGAAGUAGAGCCUUCAGACUCCAUCGAAAAUGUGAAGGCCAAGAUUCAGGAUAAGGAGGGUAUCCCCCCAGAUCAGCAGCGUUUGAUCUUCGCCGGCAAGCAGUUAGAAGAUGGACGUACCUUGUCCGAUUACAAUAUUCAGAAAGAAUCGACCCUCCAUUUGGUCCUUCGUCUCCGUGGUGGAAUGCAGAUCUUUGUCAAGACUCUUACCGGAAAGACUAUCACUCUCGAAGUGGAGCCUUCAGACUCCAUUGAAAAUGUCAAGGCCAAGAUUCAAGACAAGGAGGGUAUCCCCCCAGACCAGCAGCGUUUGAUCUUUGCCGGCAAGCAGCUGGAAGAUGGCCGCACUUUGUCUGACUACAAUAUUCAAAAAGAAUCCACCCUUCACCUGGUCCUCCGUCUUCGUGGUGGUAUGCAAAUUUUCGUCAAGACCUUGACUGGAAAGACCAUCACUCUGGAAGUGGAGCCUUCAGACUCCAUUGAAAACGUCAAGGCUAAGAUUCAGGACAAGGAGGGUAUCCCCCCAGACCAGCAGCGUUUGAUCUUUGCCGGCAAGCAGUUGGAGGAUGGACGCACCUUGUCUGAUUACAACAUUCAGAAAGAGUCCACCCUUCACCUGGUUCUUCGUCUCCGCGGUGGCCAGUAGAAACUGUUCUCAUUCAAUUUUUAAUAUUGUGAUUAGAAGCUUUUUUUCAUUUCAUGUGACUAAGCGCUUCUUUGCCAUUCCAUCAGUAUAUUACCAUAUUUCAAUGUGUUAAUUCCAAUAUUUGACUUUGUUUUUUGACAUUUUUUUCAAUAUCCUAGCAGCAAUAAAUGUCCAGCAAAUUA